AUGUCGGGAAGAGAUUGCAUUAUUGAAUCUGAGACAACUGAAAUAUUUUACUUUCAUCCUGUUAAUAAGGAUUGGCAAAGCAGGAUAAGUUCUUUAUUAUCUAUGGGACAUUUUGUAGGAUCUUUGCCUACAACAACCAACAUGCAUGUCCGACUUGGUAUACCAAGUACUAUUCAAAAAGUAGUUGGAGAUGGUAACUGCUUCUUUAGGUGCAUCUCCUAUACUGUCAGUGGCAGUCAGCAGUUUCAUUCAGUUGUACGAGAGAGAGUAAUAAAUCACAUGAGGGAGAUGGAUGAUAAGUUAACGUCAGUUUUACCAAUGAUAGAGAGUGUUGCCAACUACAUUAGACGAACGCGGAUCAAUGAAUGUACUUUCUGGGCUACAGAAGUUGAAAUAAUAACCGCUGCACAUUUACUUAAGACAGACAUCUUCAUUUACAGCUCUGACCAUGGGUGGCAGAAAUACAGUGGAAAACUAGUAGAUCCAUUAUUACAAACAGAGGAAUUUGCAAUAUAUCUAAAGCACACUAAUGGUAACCAUUAUGAUGUGGUCACCAACACAGUACAAGUAACAGAGAACACUGUUGUUGAACAAAAGGGAAAGCUGCUGUCAGUCAAUGAUCUUGUUCAACAAUACUAUGCUGAAACAAAGAGACGACAACAAAACAGAACCGCACAAGAAAUUAAAAAAUUGAAAGUGAAACAGAGGCAGCAAAAGUACAGAGAAAGGCUUUCAGCAGAAAAAAAAGAAGCACUCCGCAUGAUCGACAGAGACAGAAAAAGAAAGCUUCAUGAAAAUGAGACUAUAGUCUGUAAAGAAGCAAAUAAAAUAAAGAAGAAACAGCAACGUUUAAGUAUUGAUGAUGAGCAAAAAAGAAAAAUAAAUGAGAAGGAUAGAUUAAGAAAGAGGGAGAAGCGCUCCAAGUUAUCUGAAGAGCAGAAAUCAAAAAUUUGUGCUUCUGAGAGAAAACGUAAGAAUGAAAUGCUAAAAAGUGUUACAGAAGAGCAAAAAAAAGAAUUCAAUAAGAGAGACCGACAGAAAAAGAAAGACAAGCGUUCCAAUUUAUCUGAAGAGCAGAAAUCAAAAAUAUGUGCUUCUGAGAGAAAACAUAAGAAAGAAAAAUUACGAAGUCUAACAGAGGAACAAAAAACAGUAUUCAAUGAAAGAGACCGACAGAAAAAGGAAGACAAGCGUUCCAAUUUAUCUGAAGAGCAGAAAUCAAAAAUUUGUGCUUCUGAGAGAAAACGUAAGAAAGAAAAAUUACAAAGUCUAACAGAGGAACAAAAAACAGGAUUCAAUGAAAGAGACCGAAAGAAAAAGGAAGACAAGCGUUCCAAUUUAUCUGAAGAGCAGAAAUCAAAAAUUUGUGCUUCUGAGAGAAAACGUAAGAAGGAAAAAUUACAAAGUCUAACAGAAGAACAAAAAACAGGAUUCAAUGAAAGAGACCGACAGAAAAAGGAAGACAAGCGUUCCAAUUUAUCUGAAGAGCAGAAGACAAAAAUUUGUGCUUCUGAGAGAAAACAAAGCAGAAGAAAACAAGAUUUUAGAACAUUACAGAAUGAAGAUCAAGUAAUACAAAGAUUUUCAAAAGACAUCCAUCAGUACCCAGAGUAUGUUUGCACAUGUUGUAGAAGACUGCUUUAUAGAAGAAGUGUAACACAUGUUGGAACAGAAUCUUUCAAAAAUUCCUCAGAAGAAGUUGUAAACAGUUGCAUAACAGGAAGAAUAUCUGCCUUGGGAUUUCAAUGGAUUUGUCAGACUUGUGCUAGAUAUGUUAAAAAAAACCAAAUUCCCCCACAGGCUCUUUAUAAUGAUAUGGAAGUUUCUGACAUACCUGAAGAACUAGCAAAAUUAACAUCUCUAGAAAGAAGAUUAAUUUCUCGUCGUUACCCAUUCAUGAAAAUGCUAGCAUUACCAAAGGGGAAGCAGAGUGGCAUAAAAGGUGCGGUUGUAAAUGUCCCUGUGAAUGAAGAAAAUGUUGUCAAUAAAUUGCCAAGAUUACCAAAUGAAGCUGGUGUUAUCCCCUUGCGAUUAAAGAGGAAAAUUGUGUACAAAACACAUGAAAAAUUUGAGUACAUUAGACCAAACUACAUCAAAGAUGCAUUGAAUUGGUUGAGAGAAAACAAUGAGCUCUACAAAGACAUUACUAUCUAUGAGAACUGGGAAACAAAGUGCUCUGAAAAUGAUAAGGAGCUUUGGACAGAACUCACCACUAAUGAUCAAGACAACAAUAUUCUUAACAGGAGUGAAUGUCUUCCGGAAGAAAGUGCUGUCAAAGAAAAUUCAGAAGAGGCACAUGAAGACAUUUAUGAUGAUGAUCCAGUAUCACAACUUAGAGGUGUAAAAUUUGAGAGUUGCAUACAACCUUCUGAUGCAUCCAUUGAUGUAGAUAAAAUACUGAACAUUGCUCCAGGAGAAGGCAAAAUGCCAUUAUCUAUUCUUAUGGAUGAUCUUUUUGAAGAAUUAGCUUUUCCAAAUCUUUUACCAACUGGAAAAUUUGGUUGGAAACAUAACAGAAAAAUCAAAUUAACACCCAAAAAAUAUUUUCAAGCCAGACUACUGAAUGAAAAACAAACAUUUGCAGCAGAUAUUGAAUAUAUUUUUGUGGCUCAAACAAUAGUUGAAACUAAACAAAUUACAGACAGUAUGAGCAUUGCUCUCAGGAAAUCCUUCAGUGCAACUUCCACCGGAGAUAACAUUACAGCAGAAAUGGUAAAGAACCCUACUAUUUUGCACAGGCAUUUGCUAAAGGAUCAUGGAUACAGAUUUCUGCAACCAGUCAGGGGCUCUCCACCAUAUUGGCAGAAAGUGCAGUACAAGCUAUUAGCUGCUGUAAAACAGUUUGGAAUAUUUACAUGGUUUUUUACUCUCUCUGCAGCCGAUCUCAGAUGGCAUGACACAAUACAGGCCAUUGCAUCACAGCGUGGACUUAAUCUAUCGGGCAUUGAUAUUGAUUCAAUGUCUUGGGAUCAGAAAUGCUCAUGGCUUCGUUCAAAUCCACUUACUGCUGCUAGACAUUUUCAAUACAGAUUAGAUUGUUUAUUGAAAGAUGCCAUUUUAGCAGAUUGUCAACCAUUAGGAGAUGUUCUUCACUUUUUCUAUAGGAUAGAAUUUCAGCAAAGAGGAUCCCCUCAUGCUCAUGGAGUUUUGUGGAUCAAAGAUGCACCUCAUCCUGAAAAGAGUAAAGAAGAAGAUGUGAAUGCUUUUGUAGAGAAAUACAUUAAAAGCACCAUUCCACCAGAGUAUGAAGACCCUCAACUUUACAGACUUGUAACUCAGUUACAGAAGCAUACACACUCUGCUGCUUGUAAAAAGACGGGAAGGCAAUGUCGUUUUAACUUCCCAAAGCCAGUUUGUGAGACAACUAUGAUCUGCAAACCUACACCCCAAGAAGAAAAUUCCCAAGACCAAGCAAAUAUUUUGAAGAACUCGAAAGAAAUUUUAGCCAAUGUGAAAAACUUUGUAAUCCAAACAGAUGAUUUACACUGCGUAUCUCUUGAGGACAUAUUCUUUAUGUGUGGGACAAAUUCUCGGCAAUAUCACAUUGCAUUAAAAGAAUCUGUUACAGAUACUACCAUCUACACUUUAAGAAAUCCAUCCGACGUCUAUAUAAAUAAUUAUAACCCAACUUUGUUAAAGACCUGGCAGGCUAAUAUGGACAUACAGUUUGUUUCCAACCCUUAUGCUUGCAUUCAGUAUAUAGUGGCAUAUAUCACAAAAGAUGAAAGAGAGAUGGGAACAUUACUGGAAGCUGCUAGCAAGGAAGCUUCACAAUUAGGACUAAAACAGCAAAUGAAAGCAUGUGCAAAGACUUUUACAAAUGCCAGAUCUGUCAGUGCGCAGGAAUCAGUGUACAGGAUACUUGGUUUGCCAUUGUACAAGUCUGAUUUCACAGCUGUUUGGAUCCCAACAGGUUUGCCGCAUCAGAGGGUCCACCUCCUGAAGCCAAUCAGUGUUCUACAAGGACUGGAUGAUGACAGUGAGAAUAUAUUUACAGCCAGCAUAGAAGAGAAAUAUUCUGCACGCCCUGUACAAUUGACAUCUUGGUGCUUAGCAAACUUUCAAGCAUGGUAUGACCUAUCAACAUUCAAAGAUAGCAAAGAUGAUAUGCAGCCUGAUUUGCUUCAAGAAGAGCAGUUGUUACUUGAGGACAGAUGUCCAGAGAAUUUUGUGUUGGAAGCACCAAAUGAAUUCAUCAUUCGUCUUGCUAAUGGCAGUUUCAAAGUAAAGAAACGAAAAAACAAGCCCUUUUAA